AUGAGCCAGUCUCAACCCAACGGGACGCAGACGACGUCUGCAACAAACUCGCAGACCGUCUUAAACACCCAAACAACCGCGACCACAGUCACUCAAUCCCAGACAACGACUGGCAAUGCUGCUCCGCCUGCCGUAUCCUCAGCUCCCCGACCGCGCGAUGCUCGGCUUAUAGAGCUCCUCUUAAAUUCCCAGGGAGUCACUGCAUACGAGCAGCGCGUGCCUCUCCUUCUUCUCGACUUCGCCUACCGCCACACGUCUGCUGUUCUCAACGAUGCGAUUCAUCUAGCUGCCGAUCCUUACGUGAAGGAAGCAGGAUCAAAGCCCUCGGCCUCUGCAGGCGCAACAGCCGCAGCCCCCGGCGAGGCACCCAUAACAGCCAAUGCGGUAAAACUUGCGAUCGGUGCCCGGCUGAGUUACCAGUUCCGCGGCGGAAGUGCUGGUGGCGGUAUCAGCAAAGAGUACAUGCAAGAACUUGCCCGAGACCGCAACAAGGUUUCGCUUCCAAAAAUAGUCCCCAAUGAGUGGGGUGUACGACUCCCAAGCGAGCGUUUUGUUCUGAGCGGCGCCAGCUGGGGCUUAAAAGACAUGUGGGAGGAAGAUGGUGAGGACGACGACGAUGAUGACUCGUCAGGUGACGCGAUGGAGGGCAUUGAAGCGCCGGAGCCUGAGGAUGUAGGCGGAGACCCUGUCGAAGGCGGAACGGUUGAUGACGUUUUUGGAGAAGACGUGGAUGCAGAAAUGGCAGAAGACAAUUGA